CAAAAAGCAUGUAAAGCUGUCACAGCACAGGAAUAUCAAAGCCUAAAAAGAAAUUUUAUGAAAAAGAAGAAGAAUUUUAUAAAUCCAAACAUAAAAAGCUGAACUCUUCCAUUGAGAGAUCGAUCCAAAAACCAAACCCCAAGAAAACAAAAGCACACUAAAAAAAAGCUAUGAUCAAAGGAAACAAUGGAAACAGAGGAUCUUCAUCUUCUGGUUACUCUGCCGAUUUGUUGGUUUGUUUCCCUUCAAGAGCCCACUUAGCUCUGACUCCUAAGCCCAUUUGUAGCCCAUCUCGCCCCUCUGACUCCUCCACUAACCGUCGUCCCCAACACCGUCGCCAGCUCAGUAAACUCUCCGGCGGCGGUGGAGGACACGGUAGUCCUGUUUUGUGGGCUAAACAAGCAAGCAGUAAGAAUAUGGGCGGUGACGAAAUAGCCGAACCGACUUCUCCUAAAGUAACUUGCGCCGGUCAGAUCAAAGUCCGGCCAAGCAAAUGCGGCGGGAGAGGAAAGAAUUGGCAAUCGGUGAUGGAAGAGAUUGAGAGGAUACAUGAUAAUAGAUCGCAAAGCAAGUUUUUUGGAUUGAAGAAAGAUGUGAUGGGUUUCUUGACUUGUCUUAGAAACAUCAAAUUCGAUUUCAGGUGUUUUGGUGAUUUCCGACAUGCUGAUGUCACUAGCGACGACGAUGAGGAAGAAGAUGAUGAUGAUGAUGAUGAGGAAGAAGAAGGCGAAAGAGAAGAAGAAGAGAACUCAAAGACAGUUUUCUCCAAAUGGUUUAUGGUUUUACAAGAGGAACAGAGCAACCAAGAUGACGACAAGAACAACAACAAGUGUGAUGAGAAACGCGAUCUUGAAGACACAGAGACAGAACCAGCGGUUCCGCCGCCAAACGCGCUUUUGCUGAUGCGGUGUAGAUCAGCUCCAGCGAAGAGUUGGUUAGAAGAAAGAAUGAAAGUAAAAACAGAGCAAGAAAACAGAGAAGAGCAAAAAGAAGAGAAAGAGGAAAAAGAAACAGAGGAUCAAGAAACGAGUAUGAAGACAAAGAAGAAGGAUUUGAGAUCAUUAAUGGAGGAAGAGAAGAUGGAAUUGGUGUUGAUGAGAUACGAUACUGAGUUUUACAGACUCUCUUCAGACAUAGCUAAGGAAACUUGGGUCGUCGGCGGAAUUCAAGAUCCUCUGUCUCGGAGUCGAAGCUGGAAAAGUUGAUUAUACAUAUCCUCCACCGUUACUCAUCAUUAAACAUCGUAUUUUUAAAAAUCUAAUCAAGCGUUUUUACUACAUUUGAUUAUCUGUUAAUUAAUUUUGAUACUCGUUUUUUUUUUCUUUGGGUUUCUUGAGGUUUUUUUUUCAUGGUUCUUCUUCUCCCUUGUUUUGUAUCUCAAAAGUUUUUUUUUUUUGUUUACCUUCUUUGUUUCGUUUGUUUCAUCACAACGUUUGUAAUGUAAUGCAAAUAUGUACAGGCUUUUUUACAUUUUACGCAAACCUGCUUAAUAGAUCAUUUUUUUUUGUAUUUCAUGUUUGAUCAUACUCGUUGUGUGUAUAAUAAAAUUGAGGAGUUUGCCGUUUUA